AUGCUCAGUCUAGCCCGCAAGACUUUGAACCGCGUUCCCAGCUUUCAGGAUAUCCUACAAGGCAGGAUGACCCACCCCGACAUCUCAGUUGACGUCCUCGUCAUUGGUGCUGGCCCUACCGGUCUAGGUGCCGCGAAGCGUCUGAACCAGAUCAACGGCCCCUCGUGGUUGAUUGUCGACUCCAACGAGACCCCCGGUGGUCUUGCCUCUACCGAUGUUACCCCCGAAGGCUUCCUUUACGAUGUCGGUGGUCACGUUAUCUUCUCCCACUACAAGUAUUUCGAUGACUGCAUCAACGAGGCUCUUCCCAAUGAUGAGGACUGGUACGAGCACCAGCGUAUCUCCUACGUCCGUUGCAAGGACCUCUGGGUUCCCUACCCCUUCCAGAACAACAUCUCCAUGCUUCCCAAGGAGGACCAGGUCAAGUGCAUUGACGGCAUGAUUGAUGCCGCCAUUGAACACCGUGUGGCCAACAACAAGCCCAAGGACUUCGAUGAGUGGAUUGUCCGCAUGAUGGGUACUGGUGUCGCCGAUAUUUUCAUGAGACCCUACAACUACAAGGUGUGGGCUGUGCCCACCAACAAGAUGCAAUGCGCUUGGCUCGGUGAGCGUGUCGCUGCUCCUAAUGUCAAGGCAGUGACCACCAACGUUAUCCUGAACAAGACCGCUGGUAACUGGGGCCCUAACGCUACUUUCCGUUUCCCCGCCCGCGACGGUACCGGUGGUAUCUGGAUUGCUGUUGCCAACACCAUCCCCAAGGAGAACACCCGCUUCGGUGACAAGGGCAAGGUCGAGAAAGUUAACGCUAAGAACAAGACCGUAACUCUGGGCGACGGCACCGUUGUCGGCUACCAGAAGCUUGUGUCCACCAUGGCUGUGGACUUCCUCGCUGAGCAGAUUGGCGACCAGCAGUUGACCAGCCUUACCAAGGAGCUCUUCUACUCUUCCACCCACGUCAUCGGUGUUGGUAUCCGUGGCACUCGCCCCGAGAGAAUCGGCGACAAGUGCUGGCUCUACUUCCCCGAGGACAACUGUCCCUUCUACCGUGCCACCAUCUUCUCCAACUACUCUCCCCACAACCAGCCCGAAGCCUCUAAGAAACUCCCUACCCUGCAGCUUGCAGAUGGCUCCAAGCCCAGUAACACUGAUGCCCAGGAAGGUCCCUACUGGUCCAUCAUGUUGGAGGUUUCCGAGUCUUCUAUGAAGCCCGUCAACCUCGACACUCUCCUUGCUGAGUCCAUCCAGGGUCUCGUCAACACCGAGAUGCUCAAGCCCACCGACGAGGUUGUCUCCACCUACCACCGCCGCUUCGAUCACGGAUACCCCACACCCUCUCUUGAGCGUGAAGGCGCUCUUACUCAGAUCCUGCCUAGACUGCAGGAACUGGACAUCUGGUCCCGUGGCCGCUUCGGUAGCUGGCGCUACGAGGUCGGUAACCAGGACCACUCAUUCAUGCUCGGUGUUGAGGCCGUGGAUAACAUCGUUAACGGCGCUGUCGAGCUCACCCUCAACUACCCUGACUUCGUCAACGGCCGACAGAACACCGAGAGGCGUCUGGUUGACGGCGCUCAGGCCUUCGCUAAGAACAAGGCUCAGCAGUAA